AUGUAUGUAGAUUUAAACAUUAAAUUUUCUUCAAAGAAAAAUACAAAAGCUUUAAUAUAUAAGGCACUUAAUAUAGGAUAUAGUAUAGUUGCUAUAAGUAUAAAUUAUGAUUUAAAUUGUAAGUAUGAUGAAAAGUGGAAAAUUGUAAAUUGUUUUAAAUAUAAUGAUAUAGUGCAUAAAUCAUACAACAAUGAAACUAGUAAUUAUUUUAUUGAUAAUAUAAAUGAUGUAGAUAUAAUGAAUGAUUAUCUAUUAAAUAUAAAUAAUAAUAUAGAAGAAAAUUUUAUUUUAAUAAAUAGAACUAAUACACUAUGUAUUAAAGAUGUGUGUGAUGAUUUUAUAUUUAAUAAAAAAAAUGAAAUCACACAAGAAGAAUUAAAAAAUGUAUAUAAUUUAUUACCAAGUGAAAAUUUUUUUUUAUCAAAUAACAAUAGUACAUAUGUAUUAAAGAGAUUAAAUAUAAAAUAUCAAGAUGCUUUAAAAAUGGAAAAUUAUAAUAAAUAUAUUAAAGAAAAUAAUUUUGAUUUGAUAGGAAUAGAAGUUACAUCAGCAGAAGAAAUUAAUUUAGCAGCCUCUAAAUUUGAUUGUGAUAUAAUUUAUUUUGAUUUAAAGAAAUGUUUUAUUUCCUUAAGAAAAUCUGAUAUACAAAAUGCAUUAGAUAGAGGUAUUUUUUUUGAAAUUUCUUCUUUGAAUACAAUAACUGAAGAUUAUCAAUAUGUUAUUUUAGCUUUAAAUAUAAAUAAUUUGUUUUCUGUUAUUCCACUAAAUAAACUUAUUUUUAGUUCAGGAAGUUUAAAAGAAAAUGAAAUAAUAGAACCAUUGCAUUUUUUGAGAUUAUUUUUUAAUUUUAAUACAUUAUCAUAUAAAGAUGUAAUCCAAUGUAUCACAAAUGUACCCAUUUCUUGUAUUCAAAGAGCAUCCGUAAGGAAGUCAUUAAACACUGCAGUGUUCUUUAAAUCAGCAGAAACCAAAUGA